CGAUCACUUGACCAGCAAAAGUUAAGACAAAUUGACAGACAUGGCAGUUAGUAUUCCUAUUAAUUCAGAAGACGUGGAACGUACUAGGAAUUCUGAAGAAUUUCUGAAGAGCUAUAGAGCGGCUACAGAAUUGGAUGUGGAGAAGCUUGAUCAUUACUGGCUUCUACGCAGAGCUAUACAACAGAAUAAUUGGAAAGCUGUGGGAGAAUUCAUUAGUUAUAAUCAGCCGCAGGUGUUCACGGACAAGAUUUCAGAAUUGUACGAAACCCUUUUCCACUUAAUUGUAAAAUCAGAUAAUGACGCCGCAAUUUCAUUGCUGCGAGAGAAUGUACCGAAGUUUGCAGGAUCUGUAUUGGCAGAAGAUGCUGCUGGCUGGACGGCUUUAUCAAGCGCAGCAUUCCUUGGCAAUAAAAAAGCUGUAAAAACCAUUGUGAAUUCUUGCAGUGAUUUACCAGACGUACCUUCAAGUUCGAAAAAUCUCCUUCCAAUUCAUUUUGCAGCAUCUUCUGGACACAAGGAAAUAGUUCAAUUUCUACUUCCACGGACUAGAUUACAAAUAGAUGAAACACGGAGCAAACUGGUUCUACGUCUGAUCGAUUCUAAUCUAUGUGGUAUAGCUCUUCGUUUAUUGAAGAACCAACCGCGCGAUUUGCAUCCAAAGUACAGAGAGAAGAUUCUAAGAAGGCUGGCUACAAAGCCUAACCGGUUUAAAAGUGGGAGUCGGCAUGGAUUUUUGCAAAGCUUAAUCUAUAAUUGGAUUCCAGUGAAAGAUGAUAAUAUGCCUUCCCCUCAGGCCGGAACCGAUUUCCAAAACCCUGGAAGUGUAGAUGGAGACAUGGAAAACCCCAAACAGUUAUCUGCAAGUGGAAUGCGCCAAAAAUUGAACUCUAUGUUCUGGAAUGUCCUCAUGCAGCUAGCCCCAUGCAUCAAACGCAUACACGAUGAAAAGUUAAUUCACAUGCAAGCGCUUGAAAUUGUAAGAAUAAUGUGUGGGGAAGUUCUUUUGUACUUCGAAAAAGCUUCAGAGACAAUAAAGCGACCACUCCUCACAGCUACAAGAUUUGGGAUUUUUGAGAUUGUCGAUGAAAUUUUGAAGGUGUAUGAAAAUGCUUUUUGUUUCGUUGACGAAGCUGGAACAAAUGUGUUGCAGCUUGCAGUUUUGCAUCGUCAUGAAAUAUUUUUCCGUAUCAUAUUAAAGUAUUCUGGGAAAAGUUGGACAGAGUACACAGAUAAUGAUUGUAACAACAUCUUGCACUUAGCCGGAAAGUCUGCACCUUCAAGUAAAAUAGCAGGUUCAGCAUUGCAAAUGCAGCGGGAGGUGCAAUGGUUCAAGGCUGUGGAAAAUCUUGUACGUCCAUCCUUACAUGAGAAGCGGAAUGAGGAAGGAAAAACUCCUAUAGAAGUGUUUGAGGAAGAACAUAAGAUAUUAGUUAAUGAAGGUGAAAAAUGGAUGAAGGGGAGUGCUAAAUCAUGCACGGUUGUUGCUGCACUCAUAAUCACCAUGGUAUUUGCCGCCGCUUUCACUAUACCAGGAGGCAACAACACUGAAGGACCGGCUUUUAUUAUUUUCGCCAUAUCAGAUGCGCUUGCAUUCGUUUCUUCCAUUGCUUCAUUGUUAAUGUUCUUGGGAAUCCUCACUACGCGCUAUUUGCCAGAAGAUUUUUUGAAGUCCUUGCCCGAGAAGUUAAUUAUCGGCCAAAUCAGCUUGUUAAUUUCUAUUGCAAGCAUGAUGGUAGCCUAUGGUGCAACGUUCUACAUCAAUUGCACUCAUCAAUGGAAGUGGACUAUCUUCCCAAUUUCCCUUCUUACUAGUCUCCCAGUGACCUUAUUUGCAAUGGUGCAGUUUCCUCUCUUGUUUGAAAUGAUCUCUUCCACUUAUGGACCUAGUAUUUUUCCAUCAAAGGAAGGAAUAGGGAAGUAA